CGCAUAGAUCACAUCCGGGGCUGGUUUAUUCUAAUAACGAAACGUCCAACCCGGAAAAAAAGACAAGACUUCUGUAAUCCGAGCACACAAACAAACAGGCGAGAGUGCGACAGUCUCAUGCACGCCGGUUUAGUGGAUGUCCGCCGUUUGUAAAAGUUCUUAAAAACUUUGCGUAAAACAUGCGCGUAUUUACCAACGUCGGGUCUCUCCUCCGCGCUUCGUAGCCCUGCGGGGCGCUGGCUGUGGCGCACACUGAGUCUCCUCAGCGGUGAUAUGUGAUAGCGACAGCAUGCCGUACGUGGAUCGGCUGAACCGUGUGUGCGGCUUCCUAGACAUCGAAGAGAAGGAGAACAGCUGCCGCUUCCAGAGACGAUACUUCAUCCUCGACACGCAGGGAAAUGCUCUGCUGUGGUACAUGGACAACCCUCAGAACCUGCCCAGCGGAGCCAGUUUUGUCGGCAGCCUGAAGCUAACUUACAUCUCUAAGGUCAGUGAAGCUACAGUGAAGCAAAAGCCCAAGACGGAGUUCUGCUUUGUCAUUAAUGCAGUUUCGCGGCGAUACUUCCUCCAAGCCAACGAUGUGACUGACAUGAGGGACUGGGUGGCUGCUCUCAACAGGGCCAGUAAGAUCACUGUUCCUAAGUCCUGCCCUGCACCUCUGAGGUCUGAUGUGAAAACAGUGAUCAGUGACACUCAGGGAGGGAGGAAACAGCAGGCUUAUAAGACUGAGAUCAUCGGCGGUGUGGUGGUGCACACUCCCAUCCAGAAUGAGAGUGAAGACACAGAGGGCAGAGAGAGGAAGGGCAACAGGCCGGGCGUGCUGAGAUGUGGUUACUGUGUUAAACAGGGAAAUGUGAGGAAGAGCUGGAAGAGGCGGUUUUUCACCCUGGAUGACAACGCAGUCAGCUACUACAAGUCAGAGAUGGACAAGGAGCCUCUUCGAGCUGUUCUGCUGAGGGACAUUCAGAAGGUCCAUGAAUGUCUCGUCAAGUCAGGGGAUCUCCUGCUGAGAGACAACCUGUUUGAGAUCAUCACCAGCUCCAGAACUUUCUACAUUCAGACGGACUCUCCUGAGGAGAUGCACGGUUGGAUCAGGGACAUUGAGAUGAAGAUCCAGGAUUUCAGAGGUCCCCCAAAGGGCUUUUCCUUUAAACGUUCGUCUUCUCUCUACCGAAAUCAAAAUGCCUGCUCUGCGCCUCAUGGUCAGCACCGUGAUGAGCGCAGACCUACACUGGUUAAAUCCUGCUCUGUGGCACCAGGCUGGCAGCCCUGGACACCCGUCCCACAGUGUGAGGCCUCCAUAAUGGAUGCAGAGGAUGAAGAUAACGUGUUCUGCUCUGUGCCCACUCUGCCCUCUCUGUCCUCCUCCUCCACCUCCUCGUCCACCUCCUCCUCUUCCAACUCUCUGUCCACCCCGACCCCCGGCCCCAGCGCUCCCCCAGCCCCUUCAAUCAGCGGACUGGGGAUCCUCACGGCCUCAGCGGAUGUGGCCAGCGGGCGUCGGAGGCAUCGCUCGCAGCCUCAGGCUCACACCAGCUGCAGCUUCCCCUUCAGCUUAGACGACGACAGCAUCCGCACCACUGACGUCUAGUUCAGUGACGUCUGUCCAGACUCCUGUGUGGACUAAAGUGUUGGUACCUGUUUUUAAAUGAAUGUGACUGGUAAUAAUAGUAUUCCCUGCUAAUGAAGUGACACUGUGACCAUCGGCCUCAAUGCUAUGACGUGAGAUUGGGGCCCCCUGCUGGUGUUGUAGCUGUUUAGCAGACGAAGGAUGCACCCAGCUGAAAGAGGCACAGUGCUAGUUGUUCACAGGACUGUGAAAAGAUAUGAUGGAGAUGUUUUUAGUUCAACUUCCUCUGAAAACUUGAAUAAUCUUGUUAAUUGUUCUUGCAGAUUUUAAACAAUUAUGGCACAUGCUUUCAGUCUGUUGCGCUUGGGUGCCACGGGACUCACCAGAACUUGUUUUCCCCCUCGCUUGAAGUAUUCACAGAGAAGUAUUUAAUGGCAUUUUAGCAUAUUGCUAUCCACAUUUUUAUACUCAACGCUUAUUUUCACCGAACACAUUUAGAUAUACUGGACAGCAUUAGUUUCCACUGGGCCCAGCAGUGUUUUUCCUUCUUUUCUCACAUCAACUUUCCUUUAAUAGUAAUUAAACAAGCAUUUUAUUCCUAACAUCUUUUAUGUAUUCACAGUAUGCUUUGAAAAGGAGCUUUUAUCCUUUGCUUGAAGGUCAAUUGUCAGGAAACUGUGAUUCCUCUGUUAGGUUUUAACACGGUACCAUAAUAAUACUGCAGUAUUUUAAUGGUACUUAUUACAAUAAAUGGUUCCAGCCUCAAAGUACAGCUCACCACUCGAUUUAACAGCUUGUAAAUGUGAUAUUUUAUUUUUGCAGCAUUAUGUGGAAAGAUUUGCCACUACUUUUUGUAAUUGAACUGUAAUUCUGCACUUUGAGGAUGCUUUUUUUUUUUUUUUUUUUUAAAGUUGUGCUUCCUUCAUGAUUUGUCACAGCAGAUACUACAGCUUCCUUUGCCUCUCACACGUUGUGCUGUUACACCAGUAGUUCUAGCUCUUCUUAAGUUCACCUCAAGGCUUCAUUGAUGUGGUACCGUGUUCAUUCCUGUUUGCAUUUUCUGAAGCCGUGUGCACGUAUUGCCUGCAUAUAAUGAUAAUUUACUUUCUUGUACAUUAAAUGAUGCUUUUUA